AUGUCCGAAGUGGCUCUGGCCCUUUCGUUUUCGGACUCGAAAGCUGAGAUGGCGUGGGCUGGGACGGGCUGGGCAGCAUGUGAAAGCGGCGCCUGGGAUUCCCAUCUUGUGGCGAUCGAGGUAUGUAUCCAAGACGUCUUGGGAGUUCGUAUGGUCGCCCAAAAAGAGAUGCUACCACAAUCGACCGAGGGCAUAGUCGAAGUCCAAGGCACCCCAGAGGGCAUCGAUGCGCGGGACAGUAUCGAGAUACGCCUGGGAUUCGAGGCACGAUCCACCGUGAGACGGACAGCAGAACAAUCUCCGAGGACUUCGAAUUCGUCGAGAUCGAUAUCUCUGAGAAAGUCUGGCCAAGAUCAAGUCCCCAACUCCAACACUGCCGACAAGAUCAUCCACGAUGACUCGCGAGCCUACCCGGGUCAGUUUUCCGACGACGGGGAUUUCUUCUUUAGGUUGACACAGAACUUCAAGGUUCGGAUGGACGAUACAUGA